UGUAAAAAUAAGUGAAAUCUUUCAUUUUAAAACAAUGUUGCUGAAUUCUAUUUAACUAAAAAUGUUCCAAAGGUCAUGAUUUAGAGUGUUCUAUUUCUUUACAGAUGCAGUAUUCCUUCAUAUAUCAAGCCUUACUUGAAUACUACCUCUAUGGCGACACAGAACUGGAUGUAUCCUCCUUAGAAAAACACCUGCAGCCAUCAAAUAGCACCACACCAAAUCUUGUUAAGAUAGGAUUGGAAGAAGAGUUUAAAAAAUUAACAAAUGUUCGAAUAAUGAAAGAAAACAUGAGAACGGGUAAUCUGCCAGCAAAUAUGAAGAAAGCCAGAGUUAUCCAAAUAAUCCCUUAUGAUUUUAACAGAGUGAUUCUUUCAAUGAAACGAGGUCAGGAGUAUACAGAUUAUAUCAAUGCUUCCUUUAUAGAUGGCUAUCGCCAAAAGGAUUACUUCAUUGCAACUCAAGGACCUCUUCCUCAUACUGUGGAAGACUUCUGGCGAAUGGUGUGGGAGUGGAAAUGCCACACCAUCGUUAUGCUUACAGAAGUGCUGGAAAGGGAACAAGAAAAAUGUUUUCAGUAUUGGCCAUCAGAAGGUUCUGUUUCUUAUGGCGAGAUUACCAUUGAUAUUAAGAAUGACUUGCUUGUUGAUACUAUAAGCAUAAGGGACUUUUUGAUUACACACAAUCAGGAGAAGCAAGGCAGAGUUAUUAGACAGUUUCAUUUCCAUGGAUGGCCUGAGAUAGGCAUUCCGACUGAAGGGAAAGGUAUGAUUGACCUCAUUGCAGCUGUUCAGAGACAGCAACAGCAAACAGGAAACCAUCCCAUUACAGUACACUGCAGUGCUGGAGCUGGAAGAACAGGUACAUUCAUAGCACUCAGCAAUAUUUUGGAGCGAGUUAAAGCUGAGGGGCUCUUAGAUGUAUUUCAAGCUGUGAAAAGUUUACGGCUGCAAAGACCUCAUAUGGUGCAAACACUGGAACAGUAUGAAUUCUGCUACAAAGUGGUACAAGAUUUCAUUGAUAUAUUUUCUGAUUAUGCCAAUUUCAAGUGAAAAUGCCUGCCAUUUUUUAAAAUUUAAUCAUCUGUACAAAGAUUUGUAAAUCAUGUUAAUUUAUUUCCAUUUUUUUAAAGAAAACUUCUAAAUGUGCAUAUGAUUAUGUAUGUUUUGAUUUGAAUGUGUCUUCAGGUGUAUGUCUGACUCAAAUAAGCUUCAACCCUGAUCCAAAGGAGUAUGCACAGACUCUUUUCAUACAAUAAAAUAAACUUCUAGUCAGCUGUUUGGUGGCAAAAGGAAAGAGCUGAUUUAUGGGAUUUGUAUAGUUUUGAAAGGAUAAUAUAUUCACCUCAGCUGGUUGAUAAAGGAGGAAAGUUGUAUACACAGAAUAUAGUUGCAUGUUGGACUACUCAUUCAGCUGAAGAAAUAUUUGCAAAAAACUGUGUCUGCAUGUGUAACAACCCUAUCUAGGUCAUUGCUUUGUGUUUUGGUUUUAAUUUUAAAUAACUGAGGCCCAUGUACAAUAUAAUACAGUAUAUACUGUUGUGAAUACAGGCACAAUUCAGCCUAUGUUAGGCAUAUUUAAGACUUACUGAUUUCAGUGGGUUUAAUAAGCAUAUGCUUAAAUAUUUCCCAUUGAAAUUAAUGGGACUGAAUCCAGUUAAACGUUUGAAAGCACUGAUUCUGAAAUUAAACUGAUGUAGAUCUGGUCAGUGGCUUGGAUAACAGCCCGCUGAUCACUCUGAGCCCAUGUAAGAGCAAAAUAUAUUAAUAGAACUCCAAAUCUCUUUAAUUUUGACUGAAUCUUUCCUAUUAUUUGCCUAAAUGCAUGAAAAAUUGUGAUUCAUCUCUAAUGUUGUUUGAAAUUAUAUAUUUUUAUUUAUUGUAUAUAGUCCCUAAUAUUUAUAUAAAAAAGGAAAAGGAGUACAUUUUUAGAGCUAAAAAUCAUCUUGCUAUCAUUGAACAAUAUUUUAUUUAAAGCAAGCAUCAUUUAAUAAUUACACCACAAAGAUAUUAUACCAAUCAGACUGAAAGGAAUAUGAGCUUUCUAUGAUAGACAGAAAAAAUUCUUCAGUCUUCACUUCAAUAAGAUUUAUACCUGUUUCUUGUUUUCUUAUGUUGAUGCUAUUGUGGUCAUUAACAUAUUUGAUCCUCAUACAACAUCACUAAUAUUAAUGUGGAGAAUUCACUGAGAUAGAUAAUAUACAGAGUGUGCUAGAGUAUAAGAAUAUUCUAAAUAUUUAUUUUAUCAAUACCAAUUAGAAUCAUUUGCCUUAUUGGUACUGUUUGGAUCUUUAUAAUUAAGCACAAUUAGAAUAGAGAGGAACACAAAUCUUCCAUAAGCAACAACUAAGAUAUAAUUUAAACUUUUUUAAAAAUGUAUAUUUUUAAAAAUAGGACUCUAGGAAAUUCUGUUUUAAUGCAAAUUCUCAAUUAAUACCAUAGUGUAAAUAUGGAGUUUCUUAAAUUUAAUUAAGUAGUCUUAAUAUAUAAUUUUAAGUCAUCAUUUUAUUGAAUUAAGAGAAAAUAUAUUUAACUUACAAAGCAGCUGAUCAAUAUUUGAUACUAUUUUGUAUCAAGAAAUUUUGUUUUGUUGUCAUAAAUAGCUAUAAAGCCAGAUAUUACAUUUAUAUAAAGAAAAAUAUAUCUCUUUAGUAAGCAAGCUAAAUUAAUUCAUCAUUUGCUACUAAAGCUAAUAAACAGCUAUCAUUUUUAAGUUGAAUGUCAAAUAUUCAAUAUUCAAUUCACAGUAAAGCCCUUAAUUAUUUGAGUUCUUUUGGUAUACAAAGCACAUUAAUAAAAUAACGAUUCCCUGCACUGUAUCCCCAAAUAUACAGUUGCUCCUUAUCACCAGAGUGCAUAUGUAGUUCCAAAAUGAGCAAAGGUCUUAUUUCUAUUGUAAUGUGGCCUACAUGAAUCUAGAACUUAUAAGCACCAUGUAGAUACCAGAAUACCUACAGGUGUUCUGGGUGGGCUAUCCACGUGCAAACACUCAUGUACUAAAAAGCACAAAACCCAAUCAUGUUGAUAAUACUUGUAUAAAAGUUGUACCCUAUAGUUCCAUCUUACUGACUUGUGCAAGAUUUCAAAGUUCUUACAACAGAUGAAACAUUUUCUUGAUAUUAGCAAAGACAAACAAGAAAAACAAAAUAGCAUAAGCCUGGAUUCAAUUAUGAUUAACUCCACCAUUUUCAGGAAAUGCAGAGGCUGCUACAAGAAGGAAGAAGAUAAAUUAUUUUUAUACUUUCUACCUUAUAGUUUUCAUUCCCCACACUUUUUUUUAAAUAUUCUGGAACAAUGUAGGGAAUAGUAAGAAUAAGGAUGGAAAUAUUCUUAGAAAUGUCCACCCAUUCCUUCCUCUGUGGAGCAACUCAUAAAAACUUUGCUCUGCAGAAAUAUGGAUCAUACCGAAAGUGUAAAAAAAACCUAGGAUGACAGUGAAGUAAAAAAAAA